AUGAAAAAGCCUUUAUUUCCAAAUUUCUCAUUUUACAUUAGGUGUUUUUUGCAUAUUGGUUAGUGAGUUUCUUAUAGUUAGUGUUGAUUUUAUGUACAUUAUUUAAUUUGGAACCCUCUUCAAGUGUAGGCCUCCUCCAACUCUCUCCAUUGCCUCUCUUCCGCUUUGUUUAGCCAGUCUUUCCCUGCAGUUUCUUUUAUAUCAUCUAGCCAUCGUUUAUAUGGCUUUCCCCAUUUCCUUUUGCCAAUAGGGCCUCUCCAUUUCGUUGCCAAUAUUGUCCAUCUAUUGUCUUUAUACAGUGCGAUAUGUCCUGCCCAUCGCCAUUUUAAUUUGAGGGAUUGAGUUAGUGCGUCUUGUAACUUUGUUUUUUCUCUUAUAGACAUACUCUUUAUUUUUUGCAUAUUUUUUAUGUUGAGCACGCUUCUUUCCAUGGCUCUUUGGGUGGUGCUUAUCUUUCUAUUUGUUUUAUCUGUAAAAGUCCAUGUUUGGUACCCCUAGAGCAGGCUCGGUCGAAGGCAUGUAUCUGCCACUAUCUUUUUUAGGUUUAAGCUGUAUUUGCCUUUAAGGAUUUCUUGCAGUGACCAGAAUUUCCUCCAGGUUAUUUUAGGUCUCCUUUCUAUAGUUGCUUUACUUUAAUAUUAAUUUCUCUCUAUAGUGUCAGAUAACAUCCGGUCCCUUGAGUGUCGCUAUAUAGAGUUUACACUGUAUUUGUUUUCCAAUCUAGAAACACCAGGCUAUGUCGGCUUUGCAAACUUGCCUAACCAAGUGCACCGCAAGUCCGUGAAGAAGGGCUUUGAGUUCACACUCAUGGUGGUCGGAGAGAGUGGACUGGGCAAGUCUACGCUGGUUAAUUCCUUAUUUCUGACUGAUUUGUAUCCGGAAAGAGUUAUUCCUGAUGCUAUAGAGAAAACCAAUCAAACAGUGAAGCUCGAUGCCUCAACGGUGGAGAUUGAGGAACGAGGAGUGAAGUUGCGACUCACUGUGGUGGACACUCCUGGAUAUGGAGAUGCUAUUGACAAUACUGACUGCUUUAGGUCCAUCAUCCAAUACAUCGACGAGCAAUUCGAGAGGUUCCUGCGCGACGAGAGUGGGCUUAACCGACGCAAUAUCGUCGAUAAUCGCAUACACUGCUGCUUCUAUUUCAUCUCGCCGUUUGGACAUGGAUUGAAGCCUCUGGACAUCGAGUUCAUGAAGCAACUGCACAACAAAGUGAACAUUGUGCCGGUGAUCGCGAAGGCCGACUGCCUCACCAAGAAGGAAGUCCAGCGGCUCAAGUCCAGGGUAAUGGAAGAGAUCGAGCGUGAAGGCAUCAAGAUAUACCCUCUUCCGGACUGCGACAGUGAUGAAGAUGAGGAUUAUAAAGAACAGGUCCGGCAACUGAAAGAGGCGGUCCCGUUCGCCGUGUGCGGCGCGGGGCAGCAGCUGGAGGUGCGCGGGCGGCGCGUGCGCGGCCGCCUGUACCCGUGGGGCGUCGUGGAGGUCGAGAACCCCGACCACUGCGACUUCAUCAAGCUGCGCACCAUGCUCAUCACGCACAUGCAAGACCUGCAGGAGGUUACACAGGAGGUACAUUACGAGAACUACCGCUCGGAGCGGCUCGCGCGCAACGGGCAAGUGCCUAAGCGACACACGUCAACGGAGAGUGGGUUGAGCGAGUCGGACUCCAACGGACUGAGCAACGGCUCCACUGAGGACCCCGCCGAGCGGGAACGCGCGCUCCGUGAAAAGGAGGCAGAGCUGCGGCGCAUGCAGGAGAUGCUGGAGCAGAUGCAGCGGCAGAUGCAGCUGCAGGCCGGAAGCACCACCACCGCAUAGUGCCAGACUAACGCCCUGUUGGUGGCGAAGUCCACCGUUCGCCUUCCGGGCGCUUGUAACGUGGUCGACUCCAUCUUACGCGCGAUCCCGUAUUGCGUCAACUCCCUCUAAUCCCAUAUAUGCAGUUUAGUCGAAAGGUACCGUCAAUCUCAUUAAUGUCACGUCAAUCACAUAUCGUGUGCGGUGUGUCGUGAACCUUGUUGCCCGAAGGUUGGUUUUGGUCUGUAACCGCGGGCGUCAGUUGUCAUUUUUGGCGGUCAUAAAUUUGACAUUAGGAAUGGUCGUUGCUACGAAUUGUCAGUACCUUUUGGCUCUCUAAUCUCUAAAAUUAUAUGUUGAAUAUUGUAAUGUUACCACUGCAGAAUUAUUUGAUAAAUUAUUACUAGUUAUUAUUACUGAUCUGAUUGACUAGGCGUGCUCUGACGCAUUUAAAACGACGAAGAAUAAUAGUUAGUGGAUAUUUGUCAUUAUCGGGCAAAAGGUACCAACGUCAAUAAAGCAUUUUUCUAACUACAUGGCUAUGUGCUUAACUUUAACUUUAAUAAAUAACGUGUUGGUUAAAAAAACGACGAUAUUACCUUAUUGACUUGACAACCGACAAAGCGGUACCUUUUAUCUGGGACUGACUCAUUUAUAUUUAACAAUCUCUCUAAUCCUAGAUUAUAAGACGCAAUAUUCCUAUUGUGAUACAGGCUGUUCCAGAUUACGUAAAAUCUUCCGAAUGAAAUGUCAUUAUUUUGUUUACAGUUUAAUACGGAAUGAGCUGUAUCUGUGCUGAGAUCUAAAUUUGUUAAAUUUGAAGCUUUGUAUUUAUAUGUACAUGCUGGGCUAGCACAUUACCAUCCUGUGCCAUAUUCUCUACUAUAUUUUCAUGUAUUCGAUUCUAUUACGAUUCUCAAAUUUUAUAGUAUUUUUUUUAAUGACUGAUUUUAUGUAUUCCAUUUUACGUAUACUCGAAUUGUAAUCGAUUUAGGUUAGCAAUUAUAUUAUUCUACUAACAUUUUUUUAUAUUUUUUUACUAUUUAGCGGAAUGAAUUUAUGACAACUAGUGUCAAAUGUAAGGCUGAGAAAGCAUAUGUGAAACGAAUAAAAUAAUUAUAGAGACAGACCAAGAUAAGUUGGCAGCGAUUUUGACAACAGACAGUGCAAGUGUUAUUUUAGGUACAUAUUUCUCAUAAGAAUACUAAAAUAUUCACUUACAUGAUAAUUUUUCUUUUUUUUUUCAUGCAAAAUACACUUUAGCGGUGAGCGCACACUUAUAUCAAAAAACGUAGGUACAUGUAUGACUUAAACUAAAAAUCUAAAAGUUAAACUAAACACAAUAAAAUAAAAUAAAAACAUUUUUGGUGGGUAAGUGAAAUAACAAAUCAAAACAAUUUGCAAUAGAAUGCGAGCGUAGUUGCUACGGCCCGGACCGGCUGCCUCAUAGUAACAAAGAUAAGAUAAGGCUACUACGUAUUUACACGGAUAUAAAGAGCGUGGAGGUGACACAGCGCUUUCUCUAGUUUGGUUUUAAUGUUCCGAUAAAUGGUAAUAUUUAUUUUAUUAAAUUUUUGGUAUUUUUGCGUAAUAUGGGACUUAGUCAAUUUGUGUAAGAAUGUCCCUAUAAUAUUUAUUUAUUAAGUUUAAGAAGCAAUUAUAAAUAUUAGUUAUAUAUUAUAUAUAUAUGUUUUUAUAUUAAUAUUAAAAUGAAUAUGGGAGCUAUUUAUUAGUGAUAUGAUGUUUCAGCAAUCUUUUAAAUGUAACAAAGGACUUGGCGUCUUUUAUGUCUUUCGGUAAUUUAUUAUAUAAAUUUGCACCUUCAUAAAGUAUGAAUGAAUUUUAAACGUCAAAAUUGUAUGAAAUUAUGACGUUUAUUUAACACUUGCACACGCUAUCAAAAUCGAUUCCAACUUAGCUUGACCUGGCUCUAGUUACAUGCUAAUGUGAAAAUUUCUAUUUAUAAAUUAAUAUUACUAUCAGUUAAAAUUAAUGAUUAAUUAUAACUAAUAUCAUAAUUCCUCACAGGCCUAAUAAACGAAUACGAAUAUAUUUUAGUAGAACAUUAUAGAUCUAUCUAUCUAGUACUUAAGAUAAGUUCAAAUGUAUUGCAUUUGAAAUUUAAUUCCAUAUAGGUGCAUUUAUUUUCUAUUACAUUUUCAAUUUCAACUUCAUUAGAGAAUCCUUCUUAGCUAAGUAAAAAUUUAGAAAUUGGCUAGAUUUAUCUGAAUAAUUCCUAAACGAUUAUCGGUGCCAAAGGUUAAAAUGACUACAAAAAAAGUCAUAUUUAUAUAUUUAAAGAUAAAAUAGCACAAAAUUGAGUGAGACAGGAAGCAAAGCAGUAGAAAUUUAAUGUCCAGGCUGUCCUGUCAUUUAGUGAUUAAAAUCUGAUUUCUGUAUGUAACCAUUAUAUUUUUUCUAAUAAAAUACAUGAAGUAUACCUUU